CCCGGCGAGGUGCCCGGCGAGGGCGCCGGGCGGGCGGCGGCGGCCGGGGCCGAGUCCAGUCCGCGUUUUGCGAGUGCGCACGGCGAGCCGAGCGGAGUGGAUAAUAGUUGCUCGAGCUCGCGCGGCUCCCUAGCAUGCCAUGCUGGGCCCGAGAGGCUCAGCCAGUCGUGUAUUCGCCUAUAUCCGGGUUAGAGAGGAAAAGAGAAAAGUUUCAUUUAAACCUGAACUUAAAACUUUCACCAUGAAAGCCCACAGCGGAAACAGGCCCAGACCGUAAGGCGUUACUCCGCUUUCCGCCUCGACCCAGGACUUCGGAGGGGGAGGGGGCUCGCUUUAUUAGACCCGGGCGUGUGGAUGCGCACAGGAGGGGCCGCCGACUGAGGGCCUGCCCGGCCCCCGCCCCGCCCGGCCCGGCCGCCCGAUCAUGGCCGCGCGAGCAGCGGCGGCGGCUCGGCCGAGCGCGGGCGGCGGAGAGCGGCGGGCGCCCCCCGGGCCGCGGCCGGCGCUCGGGGCCCGGGACCCAGAGGCGGGGGCGCGCGGCGCGGCGGCUCCCGGGCCUGUGCCGGGGGGCGGCGGCGGCGACGGCGGCCUGAAUCAUGUGCACCACCACCCCCUGCGCCCCCGCCAUGAGUUGAACAUGGCCCACAGCGCGAGCGCGGCGGCCGGAGGCGGCCCCGGCGCGCAGAGCGGCGGCUCCGAGGCGGCCCUCAAGGAGGGUGGAAGCGGCGCCGCGCCGUGCUCCUCGGCGUCGUCGGCGUCCUCGUCCUCCUCCUCGGUCCCGGCCAUGGAGACGGGGCUGCUCCCCAACCACAAACUGAAAGCCGUCGGCGAGGCCCCCGCCGCAGCGCCCCUCCAGCAGCACCUCCACCACCACCAUGCCCACCACCACCACCACCACCACCACCACCAUGCCCACCACCUCCACCACCACCACGCACUACAGCAGCAGCUAAGCCAGCUUCAGCAGCAGCAGCAGCAGCAGCAGCAUCCCAUCGCCAACAACAGCAGCAGCCUCGGCGGCAGCGCGGCGCAGCCGGGCCCCGACAUGGAGCCGCCGCCGCACGGAGGCGGCCCGGACGGCGCGGCGGGCCCUCAGGCCGAGCCCCCGGGCCAGCCUGCACUGGGCAAGCCGGGCGACGAGGACGACGCGCCGCCCAAGAUGGGGGAGCCAGCGAGCGGGAGGCUGGAGCCCGCAGGCCUGGGCGCUCUGGGCGCGCACCCGCCCGUCGCCGUGCCGGGGGGCGGCGGCGGCGGCCCGGCGACCGGCCCGGAGUUUAAUAAUUACUACGGCAGCGCUGCCCCCGCCGGCGGCGGCCCCGGCGGCCGGGCCGGGCCUGGCUUUGAUCAACAUGGCGGACAACAAAGCCCCGGGAUGGGGAUGAUGCACUCCGCCUCCGCCGCUGCCGGAGCCCCCAGCGGCAUGGAACCCCUGCACAACUCCCACGAAGGCUACCCCGGCAGCCACUACAACCAUUAUCCGGGCUACAGCCGGCCUGGCGCGGGCGGCGGCGGCGGCAGCGGAGGAGGAGGAGGAGGAGGAGGCAGCGGAGGAGGAGGAGGAGGAGGAGGAGGAGCGGGAGCUGUGGCGGCGGCGGCCGCGGCGGCGGCAGCAGCAGGAGGCGGCGGCGGCGGCUAUGGGGGCCCGUCUUCGGGCUUCGGGGUGCUGAGCUCGCCCCGGCAGCAGGGCGGCGGCAUGAUGAUGGGCCCCGGGGCCGGCGGGGCCGCGAGCCUCAGCAAGGCGGCCGGCGGCGCGGCGGCGGGGGGCUUCCAGCGCUUCGCGGGCCAGAGCCAGCACCCGUCGGGGGCCACCCCGACCCUGAACCAGCUGCUCACCUCGCCCAGCCCCAUGAUGAGGAGCUACGGCGGCGGCUACCCGGACUACAGCAGCCCCGGCGCGCCGCCGCCGCCGCCGGCGCAGCCCCAGCCCCAGUCCCAGGCGGCGGCGGCGGGCGCGGGGGCGGCGGGCGGCCAGCAGGCGGCCGCGGGCAUGGGGCUGGGCAAGGACAUGGGCGCCCCGUACGCCGCGGCCAGCCCCGCCUGGGCGGCCGCGCAACAAAGAAGCCAUCCGGCGAUGAGCCCCGGCCACCCCGGACAGAGCAUGGGCCGAGCCCAGGGCAGUCCGCUGGACCCAAUGGUGAUGAAGCGGCCGCAGCUAUACGGCAUGGGCAGCAGCCCCCACUCGCAGCCCCAGCAGAGCAGCCCCUACCCAGGGGGCACCUAUGGCCCGGCUGGCCCGCAGCGGUACCCGAUGGGCAUCCAGGGACGCAGCCCAGGAGCCAUGGGCGGAAUGCAGUACCCACAGCAGCAGAUGCCACCUCAGUAUGGACAGCAGGGUGUGAGUGGCUACUGCCAGCAGGGCCAGCAGCCGUAUUACAGCCAGCAGCCCCAGCCUCCGCACCUGCCGCCGCAGGCCCAGUAUCUGCCCUCACAGUCCCAGCCAAGGUAUCAGCCACAGCAGGACAUGUCUCAGGAAGGCUAUGGAACUAGAACUCAACCUCCUAUGGCCCCCGGAAAAUCUAACCACGAAGACUUGAACUUAAUACAACAAGAAAGACCAUCAAGUUUACCAGAAUGCAGAAGUGCUUGGAGAGGUCCCUUUACCUCACACCCUGAGGACCCAGCAUACCCAACCAUGCACAAAUGCCCACCAGCACAUAAGGUUGAAGUCUUGGCCUCGGAGGAUGCAGCCUUUGGACUCAAGGAUUUGUCUGGCUCCAUUGAUGACCUCCCGACAGGGACUGAAGCAACCUUGAGUUCAGCGGUCAGCGCAUCAGGGUCCACGAGCAGCCAAGGGGAUCAGAGCAACCCGGCUCAGUCACCUUUCUCUCCACAUGCAUCCCCCCACCUCUCCAGUAUCCCGGGCGGGCCGUCACCGUCUCCCGUUGGCUCUCCUGUUGGAAGCAACCAGUCAAGAUCUGGCCCAAUUUCUCCUGCAAGUAUUCCAGGCAGUCAGAUGCCUCCUCAGCCACCUGGUAGCCAGUCAGAAUCCAGUGCCCAUCCUGCCUUGAGCCAGUCACCAAUGCCACAGGAAAGAGGUUUUAUGGGAGGCUCACAAAGAAACCCUCAGAUGUCUCAAUAUGGACCUCAACAGUCAGGACCAUCCAUGUCACCUCAUCCUUCUCCUGGAGGCCAGAUGCAUCCUGGAAUCAGCAGCUUUCAGCAGAGUAACUCAAGUGGGACUUAUGGUCCACAGAUGAGCCAAUAUGGACCACAAGGUAACUACUCCAGACCCCCAACGUAUAGUGGGGUGCCCAGUGCGAGCUACAGCGGCCCAGGGCCCGGCAUGGCUGUCAAUGCCAACAGCCAGAUGCAUGGACAAGGGCCCAGCCAGCCAUGCGGUGCUAUGCCCCUGGGACGGAUGCCAUCGGCGGGGAUGCAGAGCAGACCAUUUCCUGGAAAUAUGAGCAGCAUGACCCCCAGUUCUCCUGGCAUGUCUCAGCAGGGAGGGCCAGGAAUGGGGCCUCCAAUGCCCACUGUGAACCGUAAGGCACAGGAGGCAGCUGCAGCCGUGAUGCAGGCUGCUGCAAACUCAGCACAAAGCAGGCCACCAUACAUUAGGUCGCCUGCUUAUCCCAGCCAGUCUGGGGCUGGCGGACGCCCCAUGUUUUCUUCCCAGCACCCCAACUAUGGCAGCUCUCAGGCCGCCGUGAUGCACCAGCCUGACCAGUACGGGCAAGGCAGCUUUCCGGGCAUGACUCAGAGCGGACUCCUGGCCUCCAGCUCUCCCUACAGCCAGCCCAUGAACAACAGCUCGGGGCUGGUGACCACACAGGCCCCGCCGUACAGCCUGACGCCCAACAUGGUGAACAGCUCAGCAGCAUCUAUGGGUCUUGCAGAUAUGAUAUCUCCUGGUGAGUCCAAAUUGCCCGUGCCUCUCAAAGCAGACGGUAAAGAAGAAGGCACUGCACAACCCGAGAGCAAGUCCAAGGAUAGCUACAGCUCUCAGGGUAUUUCUCAGCCCCCAACCCCAGGCAACCUGCCAGUCCCUUCCCCAAUGUCCCCCAGCUCUGCUAGCAUCUCCUCAUUUCAUGGAGAUGAAAGUGAUAGCAUUAGCAGCCCAGGCUGGCCAAAGACUCCAUCAAGCCCUAAGUCCAGUUCAUCCACCACCACAGGGGAAAAGAUCACAAAGGUAUAUGAGUUGGGGAACGAGCCAGAGAGAAAGCUGUGGGUCGACCGGUACCUCACCUUCAUGGAGGAGAGAGGCUCCCCUGUGUCAAGUCUGCCUGCUGUGGGCAAGAAGCCCUUGGACCUGUUCCGACUCUAUGUGUGCGUCAAAGAGAUCGGAGGCUUGGCACAGGUUAAUAAAAACAAGAAGUGGCGUGAGCUGGCAACCAACCUAAAUGUUGGCACUUCGAGCAGUGCGGCCAGCUCCCUGAAAAAGCAGUAUAUUCAGUACCUUUUUGCCUUUGAGUGCAAGAUUGAAAGAGGGGAGGAGCCCCCGCCAGAAGUCUUCAGCACUGGGGACGCUAAGAAGCAGCCCAAGCUUCAGCCGCCAUCUCCUGCUAACUCAGGGUCCUUGCAAGGUCCGCAGACGCCCCAGUCAACCGGCAGCAAUUCAAUGGCAGAGCUUCCGGGUGACCUGAAGCCGCCCACUCCAGCCUCUACCCCUCACGGCCAGAUGGCCCCGAUGCAAGGUGGAAGAAGCAGUACAAUCAGUGUGCACGACCCAUUUUCAGACGUGAGUGAUUCGUCGUUCCCAAAACGGAACUCCAUGACUCCCAAUGCCCCAUACCAGCAAGGCAUGAGUAUGCCAGACAUGAUGGGCAGGAUGCCCUACGAGCCCAACAAGGACCCCUUUGGUGGAAUGAGAAAAGUGCCUGGGAGUAGUGAGCCCUUCAUGACGCAAGGACAGCUGCCCAAUAGCAGCAUGCAGGACAUGUACAACCAGAGUCCGUCCGGAGCAAUGUCCAGUCUGGGCAUGGGCCAGCGGCAGCAGUUCCCCUACGGGGCCAGUUACGAUCGAAGGCAUGACACUUACGGGCAGCAGUAUCCAGGCCAAGGGCCUCCCUCAGGACAGCCCCCAUAUGGAGGACACCAGCCUGGACUGUAUCCACAGCAGCCGAAUUACAAACGCCAUAUGGAUGGCAUGUACGGGCCUCCAGCCAAACGCCAUGAGGGAGACAUGUACAACAUGCAGUAUGGCAGCCAGCAGCAGGAGAUGUACACCCAGUAUGGAAGCUCCUACUCCGGACCGGACAGGAGGCCCAUCCAGGGACAGUACCCAUACCCCUACAGCAGAGAGAGGAUGCAGGGCCCAGGGCAGAUGCAGCCGCAUGGAAUACCGCCUCAGAUGAUGGGUGGCCCGAUGCAGUCGUCCUCCAGCGAGGGGCCUCAGCAGAACAUGUGGGCGGCACGCAACGACAUGCCUUAUCCCUACCAGAACAGACAAGGCCCGAGCGGCCCUGCACAGGCACCUCCUUAUCCAGGCAUGAAUCGCACAGAUGAUAUGCUGGUACCUGAUCAGAGGAUGAAUCACGAGAGCCAGUGGCCUUCUCACGUCAGCCAGCGUCAGCCUUAUAUGUCAUCAUCAGCCUCCAUGCAGCCCAUCACGCGACCACCUCAGCCAUCCUACCAGACACCACCGUCACUGCCAAACCACAUCUCCAGGGCGCCCAGCCCCGCGUCCUUCCAGCGCUCCCUGGAGAACCGUAUGUCUCCAAGCAAGUCUCCCUUCCUGCCCUCUAUGAAAAUGCAGAAGGUCAUGCCCACCGUGCCCGCCUCACAGGUCACAGGGCCGCCCCCCCAGCCACCCCCGAUCAGGAGGGAGAUCACUUUCCCUCCUGGCUCAGUAGAAGCGUCACAGCCAGUCUUGAAACAAAGACGAAAGAUUACCUCAAAAGAUAUCGUAACUCCUGAGGCGUGGCGUGUGAUGAUGUCCCUUAAAUCAGGUCUUUUAGCUGAAAGUACUUGGGCUCUGGACACUAUUAAUAUUCUUCUGUAUGACGACAGCACUGUUGCUACUUUCAGUCUCUCCCAGUUGUCUGGAUUCCUCGAACUCUUAGUAGAGUACUUUAGAAAAUGCCUGAUUGACAUUUUUGGAAUACUCAUGGAGUAUGAAGUGGGAGACCCCAGUCAAAAAGCACUUGAUCACAACGCAGUGAAAAAAGAUGACAGCCAGUCCUUGGCAGACGAUUCUGGGAGAGAGGAAGAAGAUGCUGAAUGUGUUGAGGAUGAGGACGACGAAGAGGACGAGGAGGAGGAAGACAGCGAAAAGACAGACACCGACGCUAAGAGUAGCACGGUGUUUACGCCUCUCGAGGCCACUGCAGAUCCAAAGGAGAAGCCCAAGCAAGCUAGUAAGUUUGACAAGCUUCCAAUAAAGAUCGUCAAAAAGAAUAAACUCUUUGUUGUUGACCGCUCCGACAAACUGGGUCACGUUCAGGAGUUCAGUAGUGGACUUCUCCACUGGCAGCUCGGUGGGGGCGAUACAACAGAGCACAUCCAGACUCAUUUUGAGAGCAAGAUGGAAAUUCCUCCUCGCAGGCGCCCUCCUCCCAUUUUGAUCUCCACAGGUAGAAAGAAAGAGCAAGAAGGAAAAGGCAAUUCGGAAGAGCAGCAGGAGAAAAGCAUCACGGCAACCAUCGACGAUGUCCUGUCUGCUCGGCCAGGGGCACUGCCCGAAGACGCCAACCCUGGUCACCAGACCGAGAGCAGCAAGUUUCCUUUUGGUAUACAUCAGGCCAAAAGCCACCGAAACAUCAAGCUGCUGGAGGAUGAGCCCAGAAGCCGAGACGAGACUCCCCUCUGCACUGUGGCGCACUGGCAGGAUUCUCUGGCCAAGCGCUGUAUCUGUGUGUCCAAUAUUGUCCGUAGCUUGUCCUUUGUGCCUGGCAAUGACGCCGAAAUGUCCAAACAUCCAGGCUUGGUGCUGAUCCUGGGGAAGCUGAUUCUUCUUCACCACGAGCAUCCAGAGAGAAAACGAGCACCGCAGACAUACGAGAAGGAGGAAGAUGAGGACAAGGGGGUGGCCUGCAGCAAAGAUGAGUGGUGGUGGGACUGCCUCGAGGUCCUACGGGAUAACACGUUGGUCACGCUGGCCAACAUUUCUGGGCAGCUAGACUUGUCUGCUUACACAGAAAGCAUCUGCUUGCCAAUUUUGGAUGGCUUACUUCACUGGAUGGUGUGCCCGUCUGCAGAGGCACAAGAUCCCUUUCCAACUGUGGGACCCAACUCAGUCCUGUCGCCUCAGAGACUUGUGCUGGAGACGCUCUGUAAACUCAGUAUCCAGGACAACAACGUGGACCUAAUCUUGGCCACGCCUCCAUUUAGUCGUCAGGAGAAAUUCUAUGCUACAUUAGUUAGGUACGUUGGGGAUCGCAAAAACCCAGUCUGUCGAGAAAUGUCCAUGGCGCUUUUAUCGAACCUUGCCCAAGGGGAUGUGUUAGCAGCAAGGGCCAUCGCUGUGCAGAAAGGAAGCAUUGGAAACUUGAUAAGCUUCCUAGAGGAUGGGGUCACGAUGGCCCAGUAUCAGCAGAGCCAGCAUAACCUCAUGCACAUGCAGCCCCCUCCUCUGGAACCACCAAGCGUGGACAUGAUGUGCAGGGCAGCCAAGGCUUUGCUGGCCAUGGCCAGGGUGGACGAAAACCGCUCAGAGUUCCUUUUGCACGAGGGUCGGUUGCUGGAUAUCUCGAUAUCGGCUGUGCUGAACUCUCUGGUGGCGUCUGUCAUCUGUGAUGUACUGUUUCAGAUUGGGCAGUUAUGACAUAAGUGAGAAGGCAAGCAUGUGUGAGUGAAGAUUAGAGGGUCACAUAGAACUGGCUGUUUUCUGUUCUUGUUUAUCCAGCGUAGGAAGAAGGAAAAGAAUAUCUUUGCUCCUCUGCCCCAUUCACUAUUUACCAAUUGGGAAUUAAAGAAAUAAUUAAUUCGAACAGUUAUGAAAUCAAUAUUUGCUGUCUCUGUGUAUAAGUACAUCCUUUUGUUGUUGUUGUUGUUUUAAUUUUGUUGUGUUUUUUUAACCAAAGUUGCUGUCUAGUGCAUUCAAAGGUCACUUUUUUUGUUUUUCAUAGAUUUUCUUUUUAAUGUUCUCCACGUUGUAUUGCGUUUGGGGGGUGGGGGGAAGCAAAUUAACUGUCAAAAAGUUGCAGCAAAACAUGCUAAGAUGGGAAAAUUUCACCAGACUGAGGCAAACAGGUGAAAACGUAUCAAUUUUCUAUGAGUUUCAUUUUUCUCAGAUAAGGAAAAACCCUGUAUCCCAUCACCCAAAGCUCUGUGCAAUAGAAACUUCUAGAGAUGUAGGCAUAGGGGCUCAAGGAGGUGUGUCAGUCAGUAGUCAGACUAUGAAAUGAUACUGGUUUCUCCACAGGAAAAUGGUUCCGUUAGGCUAGAAGCAAAAACAGCGUCGCUUAAGAUUGAAAAUGCAUACCUGACAACAAGCAGUGUAAUGGCUUCCUCACCACUACCGCCCUGUCUGCGGCCUGUCGUUUGACCUUCCACGUGACAGUUCUUCACAAUUCCUUUCAUCAUUUUUUAAAUAUUUUUUUUUUACUGCCUAUGGGCUGUGAUGUAUAUAGAAGUUGUACAUUAAACAUACCCUCAUUUUUUCUUUUCUUUUGUCUUUUUUUUUUUUAGUACAAAGUUUUUAGUUUUCUUUUUCAUGAUGUGGUAACUACGAAGUGACGGUAGAUUUAAAUAAUUUUUAUUUUUAUUUUAUAUAUUUUUUCAUUAGGGCCAUAUCUCCAAAAAAAGAAAAAAAAGAAAAAUACAAAAAACAAAAAGAAAAAAAAUGACAAAAAAAAAAAAGAGGGUUAUGUACAAGUUUCUGUAUGUAUAAAGUCAUGCUCUAUUUCGGGAGAGCAGCUGAUCACAAUUCGCUUCAUGAAUCAAGG